AUCAAUUCUAUUGCAGAACCAGAUUCACAGACGGGACACAAGAUGGCGCCCUCCCAGUCCUCCGAACCUAUCUCGGAUGAGUACGAGUCCGCCUCUCACCACUCCGCCUCUGAUUCUGAAUCCGAUGUUGAGUCCGACAACGACGGCGGCGUCACCCUCGAACAAGCCGAGCGCGCCCCCAAGAGAAGACGUCUCUCGGAGUCGUCAACGGAUUCCUACACUGCCGCCGCGCCUACGCCGGCGCCGCUGCCCACGCUCCCCUCCCGUAUCAAGCGCAAGGAGGACGUCGCCAAGGAAGUUGCGGCCAAGCAGGCGGACGACAACCCGGUGCUGAUCAAGGAUGCGCUGGCGGCGGGGCUCGAGGACGCGCGGUCGUCGUUUACGGGGCUGAAGGUCGCGCCGUGGCUGGUCGGGUCGCUGACCACCAUGGCCGUGCGACGGCCGACUGCUAUCCAGAGGGCGUGUAUCCCUGAGAUUCUGGCGGGCCGGGACUGCAUCGGUGGUAGUCGGACGGGAUCCGGUAAGACGAUUGCGUUUGCCGUGCCGAUGCUGCAGAAGUGGGCGGAGGAUCCGUUUGGUAUUUUUGGGUUGGUGCUUACGCCGACGAGAGAACUGGCCCUACAGAUCUACGAACAAAUCAAAGCCAUCUCGGCGCCGCAGAGCAUGAAACCGCUCCUCAUCACCGGCGGCACCGACAUGCGGUCACAGGCGCUCGCACUCUCGCAGCGGCCGCACGUCGUGAUCGCCACGCCGGGCCGACUAGCCGACCACAUCCACACGUCAGGCGCGGACACGAUCCGCGGGCUUUCGCGCGUGCGCAUGGUCGUGCUGGACGAAGCCGACCGGCUCCUCUCGCCAGGGCCGGGGUCCAUGCUCCCGGACGUGGAAACAUGUUUCAGCGCGGUACCGCCGGCCGCGGAGCGGCAGACGCUGCUCUUCACCGCGACAUUGACGCCGGAAGUCCGCGCCCUGCAAUCCAUGUCGACCUCCCCUUCCUCCUCUUCCCCCCAAAAUACCAAUACCCCCACCACCUCAUCCGCACCAACCAAACCCCCAAUCUUCGUCACCGAAAUCUCCGUCGAAAACAAAGCCGCCAUCCCGCCGACCCUGCACCAAACCUACCUCCAAGUCCCGCUCACCCACCGCGAAGCCUUCCUGCACGUCCUCCUCAGCACAGAGCUCAACAACCCCAAACCCACCAUCAUCUUCACCAACACAACGGCCACCGCCGAUCUGCUGGAGCGCAUGCUCCGCCGCCUCGGCCACCGCUGCACCUCGCUGCACAGCCGCCUCCCGCAAUCCGAGCGCAACGCUAACCUCGCCCGGUUUCGCGCGAGCGCCGCCCGCAUCCUCGUGGCGACCGACGUCGCGUCCCGUGGACUGGAUAUCCCCUCCGUCGAGCUGGUGGUUAACUAUGAUGUGCCGCGUAACCCGGAUGAUUAUGUGCAUCGGGUGGGUCGCACGGCGCGUGCGGGUCGGAAGGGUGAGGCUGUUACCUUGGUCGGGCAGAGGGAUGUUGCUCUGGUGCUGGCGAUUGAGGAUCGCGUGGGGCGGAAGAUGGUCGAGUGGGAGGAGGUUGGCGUUAGUGUGGAGACUCGCGUGGUGAGGGAUGGGGUGCUUAAGCUUGUCGGCGAGGCGAAGAGGGAGGCUGCCGGCGAGAUUGAUGAGGGCAGGGAUGUUUUGGGGAGGAGGAGGAAUAAAUUGGUUAAGGUCCGUUAGUUUCUUAGUCUUUCGGAGAAUAUUUUGUGGUAGAAAGUGCAAGGGGUUUUUGUAUAUAGGGG